GAGGAUCGGGGACCCGCUGAUCUUCCAGCUCCCCUCACCCAACGUCGUGCACGCUACAGAGAGACCUUUCUGUCCUUCAUGAACACACGUGUGGUAGACAGAUGACUGUCCCCUACCCCGUGCUGCUGUAGGGGCUCCAGACCUGGGACUGUCCAGGAGGGAGAAGAUGGACUCCAAGGAUGAGAGCGCACACGUGUGGCCAACGUCCGCCGAGCAUGGACAGAAUGCUGCGCAGGUACACUUCGUUCCUGAUGCUGGAACUGUGGCUCAGAUCGUCUAUGCCGAUGACCAGGUUCGCCCGCCCCAGCAGGUGGUGUACACAGCAGAUGGUGCCUCCUACACUUCAGUGGAUGGGCCGGAGCACACACUGGUGUACAUCCACCCUGUGGAAGCUGCACAGACUCUGUUUACAGACUCAGGCCAGGUAGCUUAUGUCCAGCAGGACGCCACAGGUCAGCAGGCCCCGCUGCCGGUCCAUAACCAGGUGCUACCUUCGAUCGAGAGUGUGGAUGGUUCCGACCCUCUGGCGACUCUGCAGACCCCUAUAGGGAGACUGGAGGCAAAAGAAGAAGAGGAUGAAGAUGAGGAUGAGGACACGGAGGACGACGAGGAGGAAGACGGUGACGACACAGACCUGGACGACUGGGAGCCAGACCCGCCCCGGCCCUUUGACCCGCAUGACUUAUGGUGUGAGGAGUGUAAUAACGCACAUUCUUCAGUGUGCCCGAAGCAUGGCCCCUUGCAUCCCAUCCCCAACCGGCCUGUGCUCACCCGAGCCAGAGCCAGCCUCCCUCUGGUUCUCUACAUAGACAGGUUCCUCGGAGGAGUGUUCUCCAAAAGGCGCAUUCCCAAGCGCACGCAGUUUGGCCCCGUGGAGGGCCCCCUCGUGCGGGGGUCCGAGCUGAAAGACUGUUACAUUCAUCUGAAGGUUUCUCUUGAUAAAGGGGACAGAAAAGAUAGGGAUUUGCAUGAAGACCUAUGGUUUGAGCUGUCUGAUGAGACCCUGUGUAACUGGAUGAUGUUUGUACGCCCAGCCCAGAAUCACCUGGAGCAGAACCUGGUGGCUUACCAGUACGGCCACCAUGUGUAUUACACGACGAUAAAGAACGUGGAGCCCAAGCAGGAGCUGAAGGUGUGGUACGCUGCCUCCUAUGCUGAGUUCGUGAACCAGAAAAUUCAUGACAUUUCUGAGGAAGAAAGGAAAGUUCUUCGAGAGCAAGAGAAGAAUUGGCCCUGCUAUGAAUGCAACCGCCGAUUUAUAAGCUCGGAGCAGCUGCAGCAGCAUCUUAAUUCUCAUGAUGAGAAACUGGAUGUGUUUAGCAGAACGAGAGGCAGAGGAAGAGGACGAGGCAAGAGGCGCUUUGGUCCAGGUCGACGUCCAGGGCGGCCUCCAAAAUUUAUCCGCCUGGAAAUAACCAGUGAAAAUGGGGAAAAGAGUGACGAUGGGACACAGGACUUGCUGCAUUUUCCCAUAAAGGAACAGUUUGAUGAGGCUGAACCAGCUACUCUGAACGGGUUGGAUCCCCCAGAGCAGAGCAGCAUCCCAAUCCCUCAGCUGCCGCAGGACUCGCAGUCUUCCCUGGACCCUGAGCCGGAAACCCACACGCUGCACGUGCAGCCGCAGCACGAGGAGAGCGCGGUGCCUGCCCCGAGCGCGCUGACCGCUGACGACAUGCGCAGAGCCAAGCGCAUCCGGAAUGCAGCUCUUCAGCAUCUGUUUAUUCGGAAGUCCUUCCGGCCUUUUAAAUGUUUGCAGUGUGGGAAGGCCUUCCGUGAAAAGGACAAACUAGACCAGCACUUACGCUUCCACGGGCGGGAAGGGAACUGCCCGCUGACCUGCGACCUCUGCAACAAGGGCUUCAUCAGCAGCGCGUCUCUGGAGAGCCACAUGAAGCUCCACUCCGACCAGAAGACCUACUCUUGCAUUUUUUGCCCAGAAUCCUUUGACCGCCUUGAUUUGUUGAAAGAUCAUGUGGCCAUUCAUAUUAACGAUGGCUACUUCACCUGCCCAACUUGUAAGAAACGGUUCCCAGAUUUUAUCCAGGUGAAAAAACACGUGCGCAGUUUCCACUCAGAAAAGAUCUAUCAGUGCACAGAGUGUGACAAGGCCUUCUGCCGCCCCGACAAACUGCGACUGCACAUGCUCAGGCAUUCGGACCGCAAAGACUUCCUGUGUUCCACCUGCGGGAAACAAUUUAAGAGAAAAGACAAGCUGCGGGAACACAUGCAGAGGAUGCACAACCCUGAGAGGGAGGCCAAGAAAGCCGACCGCAUCAGCCGCUCCAAGACCUUCAAGCCUCGCGUCACGUCCACAGACUACGACAGCUUCACCUUCAAGUGCCGCCUGUGCAUGAUGGGCUUCCGGCGGCGCGGCAUGCUGGUGAAUCACUUAUCAAAGAGACACCCAGAUAUGAAGAUAGAAGAGGUGCCAGAGUUAACUCUACCCAUCAUAAAGCCCAACCGGGACUACUUCUGUCAGUAUUGUGAUAAGGUUUAUAAAAGUGCCAGCAAGCGUAAAGCUCAUAUUCUGAAGAACCACCCAGGAGCUGAGCUCCCACCAAGCAUUCGGAAGCUCCGCCCUGCUGGUCCUGGGGAGCCAGAUCCCAUGCUGAGCACCCACACCCAGCUGACAGGGACCAUCGCCACCCCGCCCGUCUGCUGCCCCCACUGCUCCAAGCAGUACAGCAGCAAGACUAAGAUGGUCCAACACAUUCGGAAGAAGCAUCCAGAGUAUGCCCAGCUCCCUAACACCAUACACACACCCUUGACAACUGCUGUGAUCAGUGCUGCCCCAGCUGUUCUAACCACAGACAGUGCCACUGGAGAGACCGUGGUGACAACAGACCUGCUCACCCAAGCAAUGACAGAACUGUCCCAGACCUUAACAACGGAUUACCGAACGCCACAAGGGGACUACCAGAGAAUUCAGUACAUCCCUGUGUCGCAGUCGGCCUCUGGUCUGCAGCAGCCGCAGCACAUACAGCUCCAAGUGGUGCAGGUGGCCCCGGCCACUUCCCCACACCAGUCUCAGCAGUCCACGGUGGAUGUUGGGCAGCUCCACGACCCUCAGGCCUACACCCAACACGCCAUCCAGGUGCAGCACAUCCAGGUCAGCGAGGCCACGGCCUCAGCCCCGCCAUCAUCCCAGGUAGCUGGGCAGCCCUUGAGCCCCUCUGCCCAGCAGUCCCAGCAGGGCCUCAGCCCCUCUCACAUGCAGGGCGGUUCUUCUGCACAGGGGCAGGCCCUGCAGCCCCAGCCGCAGCAGAACUCCUCCGUGCAGCACUCGUACCUGCCCAGCGCUUGGAAUUCCUUCCGGGGCUACUCAUCUGAGAUCCAAAUGAUGACACUUCCCCCAGGUCAGUUUGUGAUUACAGAUAGUGGUGUGGCGACCCCAGUUACCACGGGCCAAGUAAAGGCAGUGACUCCGGGUCAUUAUGUUUUAUCAGAAAGUCAGCCAGAAUUGGAGGAAAAGCAAACGUCUGCUCUCGCCAGUGGAGUCCAGGUUCAGCCAUCUGCGCACAAUGACUCCUUGGACUCCCAGACCACCAGCCAACAACAGACCACACAGUACAUCAUCACCACCACCACCAACGGGAACGGAAGCAGCGAGGUGCACAUCACCAAGCCGUGACCUGGCUCCUCCAGCUAGAAUCAAGCAGCCCCAUCAUGUCUUUUCUCACUCAUAAAUCUGAAAGCUUACGACAUUUACAACUCUUUUUUAAAGAUUUAUUACUCACUCAAGAGUUUGGAAACUACCGUUUCGGCACUCAUACACCGACUGGGGUUUAUUUCGCCAAGGUCAUCUUUACCAAAUUGACUCUUCCGACCCUAAAGGUUUUUGCCAUGGAAUGGAGAUCUUUGAGGGGAAAGUAGAUUUCAGGAUGGAGAAACUUUGCCUUGCUCUUGUUUUUGUUUUUGUUUUUUUUUAACACACAAAAAAAACAUUGGUAAGCCUUACUUUUCCUUUGUGGAAAUAUUAAGCGGCAUAUUGUGUUCGUACCAAAGGUGGAGAAAGGAUGUGCCAAGUCCAUGGUUACUGGACUCCUUCAUUCCAAGCCAUGGCACCAAAGGAGAAGGGACAUUUUAUGGGCGUGUGUUAGGUCAGAACUGCUUUCUCUUGUGAGUUUGACUUUUUAGUCUAACAAAGGGAUCCUACUGAAGGAGGAAAUAAAAAUGAUGAAAUAAAAG